UUAGCGCUUUGAAGAGCGAAAUGCCGCCCGAACUGAUGAAAAAUCGCGACUGGAAAGCACCGUCGGAAUAAACGAUUUCGCGAAAUUGUCGACACAUCGAGUGACGUGCGGAGGUUAUUUCGCUCGUGUUCGAUGUCUGUCACGACGUUUACGCUUACGUGUCGGCGAGAUAAUGUCCCAUUGUAGCAAUGGAAACACAACGUACCGAUUGCGUUUGUGCACAUAACGAACGCCGGUAGAAUAUUCGCGAUUGAUCGCGCGCAAUUAUUCGCGGCGAUUAGCUCGCGCCGAGCUACUGUCAAACUGGAACUGUCAGCGUAUGAUCUUUGAUGGCUGGACUAUUUUUUAAAAACAGAGAAAAGAUCUUGGGUGUUUACGUUGUCAUUCGCGAUAAGAUUAAUAAAGACAAUGGGUACGACGCCGAGUCGCUAUGAAGAUCUCUCCAAGAAUGCGCAUUUGGAGAAGUUUUGCGGCAAGCAAAGCAUACUUGCAAACGACCCAUUCUGGGACAUGUUUCUGUCUUAUCACAUGCGACCACCCAUCACGAGAAACGAUCAAAUAGAAUUGGAUUCCCGGUUAGACGUAUCCUGUCAACAAUUACUUGGAAACAAUUUGGCCACUGGUAAUUUUGGUACCUUGAUACAAGUAGCUCUCAUGCGUAUCAAUGAUCUCCUUGCACCUGUUCAGAAUCAGAAUAUAAUAUCGGCAUGGCAAACGUACAAUGCGCUGUUUGCCGUGAGAUGUAUUUUGAAAUACCUCAUCGAGACUGUCGGUGAGGAACAAAUGCUAAAGCACAUAGAAGCGCCGCAAACGACCGCAGCCAAUGAGGCAAUGUCUUCUUUUAGACUGGAAGAAUUUUUUGAAGCAUUGAUAGAACUCAUUACGGACGUACCUUUGUGCGAUUUUACAUACGUGGUCCAUUUGGAGGCGAUUAAUUGUUUAUUGGUGUUGCUCUCGGUGCAGUUGUUUUCUCAGACUGCGGCCGAGUACAGUGCCGUGUACAGGAUAGCGAUGCACGCGCAUUCGAGUCGGCACGCGCCUGCCGUUGUAUGCACAUUGUUGCACAAUUUUAUUCAGCAGGAGCACGCUCCUCCGGGAUUGCUGACGCAACAACCCGGUGGUAGCAUUGUAUUUAGUAUCGCUGCUGGAUUGUGGAACGUGAUAAGAAUGGGGAUAGGCAGCGGUUCGAAAAAUAUACAGAUCGCGCAUAACGGCGCUGCCGAGGACGAAGAGAAAAAGCGCGAUAUGGAAACUCCGCUCGCUAGUCAAUCUUUAUUACUUCUGUUAGUUCUGACGAAUCAUUGUACCGCUACGCAAAAUCCGUACAGAAACGCGCUUUUCUCCUUUAUAGACAUGGAAGAAAGUGUCCCGCCAGCAAGAGCGUCCGAAAUUUUUAAAAUUAAUUUGAACAAAUUAUAUAACACUAUUUGUAAAAUACCAAACACAGACGAAGUCACGCUUUUGCUAUACAUGCUGUUACACAGGAAUUCAAGUGUGAAGCGGGACAUAAUGAGAAGAAACGACAUACAAUUAUUGGUAACUCCGAUAUUACAAAUAUUAUAUUAUGCGCCGAAUAACACGUCGCAUCACAUUUAUAUGUCCCUCAUCAUUCUCUUAAUUUUAAGUGAGGAUGAAAUGUUUAACAAACGGAUACAUAAAAUUAUGCUUAAAGGAGUAACGUGGUAUACCGAGAGGUCCAUAAGCGAAAUAUCGUUAGGUGGUCUCUUAAUUCUGGUUGUGAUCCGCACAAUACAAUAUAAUAUGUUUAAAAUGAGAGACAAAUAUCUUCAUACAAACUGUCUAGCAGCUUUGGCAAAUAUGUCCGCUCAGUUCACAUCGCUGCAUCCGUAUGUCAGUCAGAGAUUACUAAGUCUGUUCGAAACUUUGGCGAAGAAGCAUACGAGAUUAGAAGCAAAAAUUCGUUCGCAAGCUCAGACAACGACUUCUGACAGUACUUGUAUUGUUAACGUUAAUGGGAACGCAGUUCCUUCUGAAAAUCAAUCUGCAAAUACAGAUUUGAUUCAAGAUUUAACUAUACUGGAAGAGGUUCUCCGAAUGGUGCUAGAAAUUAUAAAUAGUUGUUUAACGCAUAGGCUCGCGCAUAAUCCGAAUCUAAUUUACACUCUUUUGUAUAAAAAAGACGUCUUUCAGCCGUUUAGAAUGCAUCCUGCUUUCCAGGAUAUCGUGCAGAAUAUUGAUUCUGUUAUCAACUUUUUCUCUUAUAAAUUGGAGCAAAAAGAUCAAUCCCAAAUCGGCGUCAGCCAAGUAUUAGCUACCAUACAGCAAGGAACUUCAGAGUGGCCGCAGGAUCGUUUAAGAGUAAGUGGGAAAUUUAAAUUCCCAGAGUUGAAGUUCAAAUAUGUAGAAGAAGAACAACCGGAGGAGUUUUUCAUUCCUUACGUGUGGGGCGUCGUUCGUCAGGCAGCGUUAUUGCACUGGAGCGCGGAGAACAUAAAAUUGUUUUCCUCCAAUAACGCUGAGACAACAAUCAUUGUUUGCUGAUACUGAGAUGAGGGGUGCAUUCUACUAUAAAUAUUCAGAGCGGUGACGUAAAAAAAUAACAAACUCGUAAGUUUAUAAAAAAAAAAACCUGUGUGGACACAGCAAAGAUAUAAAUAAUAUUUUCGUUCGAAUAGCGAAGGAAGAUGGAAAUUCGAACAAAUUUGUAUUAUUAUAUAUUCCAACAAAGACAGUACAUAUAAAUAUUUGAAGUAUUGCACGAUAUCUUCUCUUUAAUCAGAAUAUUGCAAAACAGAACUUUUCUGACAAUUUAUCGUGUACUUUUAUUACGCAAACAAGAACGAAAAUUAUAUUAUGAUUACUUAUAAUUAUUUUUAAUUUUUUUUCUUUUUUUUUAAUUUUCGUGUUUUCACAAGAUUAAAGUAUAAAAUUAGUGUAAAGUACAUAUUUUAUAUCUUCGGAAAUCGAAGCGUGUAUCAUCUCAUUAGCUUUGGGAUAUGUUAUUUAUAUAUUAUUAAUGAUAUAGAAACAUUAUUACAUUAUUAAUGAUAUAGAAACCAAAGUCACGAAAACUAAAAAUGCACGAUGCAUAAUGGAACUGAUUGAAAUUAUUUUGCAUUGAGAAUACUACUAUAUCAUAUUAUAAUAUAUUAGAUAGUAAUUUUGUUAGUAAAAAAAGAAUAUAUAUUUAUCAAUAUUCGCAAUAUGAAGUUACAAUAUAGUUACAAGUAAUAUAAUUUACGGAUGUCUAUAUAAACUUGAAGACUAAAUUCCUUGCAGUGUCAUCUUCCUGCGUCUUAGAAACGAUUUUCUCCAAAAAAAAAAAAAAAAAGAAAUAACUAUAUAUAAAUAUAUAUAUAUAAAUAUAUAUAUAUAUAUGUAAUUCUGGAACUAAUAUCACGUACCGUUUUUCGAGGUAUUAAUGUAGGAACAGAAUGCAAGAUCGAGGCUUUAGUGAGAUAUAUAUCUCAUAUACAUAUAGUAGCCUAAUCGAAGUAGCAUCAAGAUAUAAUUUUGUUUAUCACGUGUUCGCUCGUGUACUUGUAAAUAAUUAUCAAAGAGCAAACCGGAUAAGUUAUAUAAAUUUCUAUCAAUCUAAUUUAAAACAUCAUAUUAUAUUUGUAUAGUAUUGCAACUGUUCGAGCUGUAUAUGUGCAAAUAAUAAUUUUUAUUUAAUACAUCAAACAAUAAACUUCUGAUAUUUAUAAAUAUUUUGCUUCUCUCUUAUUUCCUAUCAAACAGCACAAAGUUCAUUGAAAUGUGAAAAAAAAACACAGAAAGAAAUCGCAAGGAUAAAUAUGAAGAGGUACGGAAGAGAGAACAGAAAUAAUUCAAUGCCCAUUUUUAAUCGGCAGGUCAUUUAAAAAAUGCAUAAAUACAAGAAUAAUCCAUCGUGUGUUUGAUCUCGUUCAAAGAGAAUUCACUUCGGGAGACUGCUUCGCAGUGACCUGCCGGUUACACAAUGGGUCGAUUCACUCGUCGAAUGUACAUCUUUAUUAAACAAAUACAGUUGACGUCUUAAUGUUAUUUAUAAUGUCGUUAUAGAUAAUAUUUCAUUUUUCCUAGCCUGUGCAGCGUGUAUAUGCGGCCGCGCGUGAUCUUGUGUUGUGUAUGUGUGUAAUAGUUUUAUCAUACUAUUGCUAAUACUUCAUUUUUUCUUGUUUUGAACGAUUCUUCUUUCAGUUUGCAGAGUUAACAAGGUAAUUUGACGUUUUCUGUGCGUCGUGGUGCAGACGCGCCGAGUAACUCAGUGUGUCACGUUAAAAUUAAAGACUCGAUUUAAGUCAUAAACAUUGCCUUAGCCAUACGUCACGUUACGGCUUUAAAACGACUGUGCUUAGCAUACAGAUAGUAUUUUUUUUUCUUGUUUAUUUAUUUAAUCAUAAUAAUUAAAUUCCUUAACUGUAUACUAUAUCAUUACUUAAUCUUAUUAGUUAACACACAAUCAAUCUGCGAUGGGAGGGAAUUUAGUCGGCACUUAAUGAGAUAUUUCAUUACGUGCCCCUAGCUAAUCUGUAGUUGAUUAUUUUUUUUUUUUUUUCACUCAUUACACCGUUGCCGUGCAAUUUACCACUUGCUUUUUAAUUUUCAAAACGUCCGAUUGUAAUCGUUUUAUUAUUACGCGCGCCAUUUCUUCAAGUUCUCGUCUUUUUAGAGCGAGCUUUAUAUGUACGAGAUGUAUAUGUACGAGAAAUAAUAACGAGGUCCCGUGAUAAUGAAGAAAACGCGGUGUGUACUUCAUAUUGCACACAUGCGUGAUGAUCUUUUUUACGGCUCGACAGUGCUCUAAGCGCUCAAUUCCAAUAUUAAUUCCGGAGGAAGGUACCGGGAAAAUAAAUCGCUCACGAAAA